AUGGCUGAAGCUUUUCUCACUGUGUUGUUUGACAAGCUAUUUGAAAGUUUAGACUCUCCAGAGUUUGCCAACUUCUUCCAGGAAAAAAAAUCAAUUUGUGAGCAGCUGAAGGAGUUGAACCUUAAGCUAAAGGCAGCUAGUCUACUGGUAAAUGAUGCCGAAGAGAGGCAACUCAAGGAGCCGGGUGUGAAGGAAUGGUUGGAUGAUCUUAAUCAUGUAGUUUACAGAGCACAAGACAUGGUGGACCAUGUUGACUAUCAAAUCCUAUCCAACAACCUUGGACAUGAAUCUAAUAGUACUGAUACAACUACUGUGCUUAUGAAAAUGAAAUUCUUCUUCUCUUCUUUGACUGAAUUCGACAGAGCUAUUCAAGCGGAGAUAGCUAAAAUCUUGGUUGAUAUAAACCUUCUUUUACAGAAAAGAAUUCUCCUGGGUUUGAAAGAAGAUAUUCAAAGCACUAUCUCUUCACAAAGAUCAGUUGUUUCACUGAGAAAACAACACCGAGUUCAGGUACAUGGAAGAGAUGAUGAUAAAGAUAAGAUAAUGGAGUGGUUGACAAAAAAGGAAACAUUAGGUAGUCAUAAGAUUGGUGUUCUUCCAAUAGUUGGCACAGGUGGACUUGGCAAGACUACUCUUGCUCAGCUCGUUUACAGUAAUACAAAACUAAAGAAACAUGGUUUCGAGCUUAAACUAUGGGCUACUUUAUCGGCUGAGUUUGAUAUUAAAAGAACAAUGAAGAUCAUUUUGCAGGCUGCUACCGAUUCCCAUAUCACUACUGAUGUUUCAGUUAAGGAACUUCGACGUAGACUAAAAGAAGCCUUGAGAGCCAAGAAAUUUCUCAUUGUUCUUGACAAUGUGUGGGAUGAAAAUGAAGACAACUGGGAUGCCCUGAAGCUCAUCUUCACAUCUGGUGCCCGUGAAAGCAGGAUUAUUGUGACCACACGCAGCCAGCAAGUGGCCAAAAUUGUAGGCACGGGGAAAAUUUAUGAACUAUCACAAGUAUCUCCUAGUCAUUGCUGGAAAAUAUUUAUGGAUCAUGCCUUCAAUGGAGAUUGGGAAGCAAAUAAACAUUUGGAAGAAAUUGGAAGAAGGAUUGUAGUUGAGAAAUGCAAGGGCCUCCCAUUAGCUGUGAUAUCUGUUGGUGGUCUUCUAAAAUUCGAAAACAAUCCAAUCAAAUGGGAGGAGAUCUUAAGGAGUCAUGAAUCAUGA